UUUUUUUUUUUUUUUUUUUUUUUUUUUUUUUUUUAAAAAAAAAUAUAAUUUAUCAUAUAUUUGGCUCAAAGAAGAAAAUACUUAUUAAACAGAAAAAAGAGAAAUGUCUAUACCCUUACAACCCUCAUCGCCUUCAGCUAGACAAUUGAGACAACCUUCACCUACAUCUCCUUCUUAUGCUGAACAUCAAUAUAAAAGAAACUUGUUGGACGAUGUAAAGCUUUGGCCAGAAAGUAAAGUUACUGACUGGCUUUGUAACCAAUCACUUGGAAGGUUCAGUCAAAAGUUUAUAGAACACAACAUCACAGGUUCCGUGUUACUUGAUUUAGAUUACGAAGCCAUUAAAGCCAUGGAUAUAAAAACUGUAGGCGAGAGAGUUAGGCUGUUGGUUGCUAUCAAAUCGCUUCGCCAGGAAUGUUAUCUUGCUGCUUCGUUAGCUGCAAGAACACCCACGAGAUUACAUCACAAUUUAGACUCCAGCAUGCGACAAGGAUUCAUGACUCCUACCAAUGAUUCCAAACAUGAAGGUUUUAAUGUCACGACAGAGAAAAUUUCUAAAUCGUCAGAAACCAGCAGUGCUAAAAGUUUACUGAAUCGAUCGAAUUCAUUUUCAAGAUUCCUUGGAAGAUCUGAAUCCAAACGAUCUCAGCGAAAGGAAGCCAGCCAACAACAACAAUUAAAUAAUACAAGUGUUUCUAACCUACAAAGCGGACCACCACAACAAAACUCAGACAUAUAUUCGCUAAACCCGUCCAGUCCCAAAAUGAUGCAAAAGCGAAAUUCAUUGGAGGGGGGUAUUAUGUCUAUGGAAAAGGUAAAGCAAACAUGUGUAAAAGUAUUUGGCGAGGAUGGACAAACGCGGAUCGUGAAUGUACAUACAGCGAGUGAAGCCAAAGCCAUCAUGGCUAAAGUUCUGCAUAAAUUUGGUAUUGACGAAUCGAGUGCCGAUAGUUAUUGUAUUUUUGUCGGUUCGAGUACAAAUGGUGAAGCACGCGCUUUAUCAGAUCAAGAAUUAAUUGAUAUAUGUAGAUCCACAGACCGACCCGAAAAAGAGCGUUUAAUUUUGAGGAAAAGACACUUAUAUCCUACACACGAAGAAUUCAAAAGAAAGGGCACGAUCAAUGCCAAUCGAAGACAACAGUAUCAACAAAAAGAUGAUAUAGCAGGUAGUAAACCUUCUUCCCCGCUUUAUAACGGAGGUUGGUCUCAACAGAGUCUGUCUACACUCAAUAAACCAGAUUAUAUAUCCAAUAGAUCAAGCCACGUUGGCUCCUUUCGCUCUCAAAAUACCACCACACUCAGUAGUAGUAACAGCACAAGAGGACGUCGAAGAUUCUUUGGCGAACGUCCUCCUUCUGAAGUCAUCUCUUCCAACCUGCAAUCAUUUUUUCCCAAUCAUAAUCCCGAAAUUUUAGAAACUGCGGGUAUUAAAGCACAGCGAUUAUCCAUGACACGACGAAAUUCUGCACUAAGCAGAAUGGAACCCAGAAACUAUAGAAACAGCGUGCUUCCCGAACUAGUGUCGGUUCUAGGUGUAGAUUUGGAUAAGUUUUUGGAAGAAGAAGAGGAGGAGCAUGAUGAUGAUGAUUAUGAUAGUUUCUUGAGUAGCAUCAGUAGUGAUGAUAGUGACGAAGAAGAGGAAGUGGCUGUAGAAACAAAACAAAUCAAUGAUACCCCAACAACUCAUCUAGAUUUGGUAGAUGACGAUGUACCUGUUCAUCCUGCAGAGCUAUCUGCUGUUUUACCGUCCUCAAAUCAUCUCGAUAUGACUGUACCUUCAGUCAACCAAAGAAGGUCGUCAAGUUUAUUCUAUUUAAAUGAAUACAAGUCAUACAAACCAGCCAUUGAAGAUACAAAAGAAAUAUCUGAAGAAGAACCAACCACACCUAAAAAACUUGAAACUCCAGAAUCUGCUGUCAUCACAUCUCCAGCCAUUCCAGUAAUUCCAGUAAUUCGUGAACCAGCUGUCACUACCCCAACCACUAUCCGACCCAAGCACCCUCCAGAAACAUGGAUGAAAGGAUCUUUGAUUGGAAGAGGUACCUUUGGCGAUGUGUACUUGGGAUUAAAUCCAAUCAGUGGCGAAUUGAUGGCUGUGAAACAAGUGGAACUGCCUGUGGAAAACUCUGCUACGGAAGAGCGUAAAAAAUUGAUGGUAGAGGCAUUGCGCCGAGAAAUUGGAUUAUUACGUGAACUGGAACACGAGAAUAUUGUUCAAUAUUUAGGAUCACAAACAGAUGAUUGUUACUUUAGUAUAUUUCUAGAGUAUGUACCGGGUGGAUCUGUUGCAGGAUUAUUAUCGAGUUAUGGCGCGUUUCAAGAACCUCUAGUGAAGAGUUUUGUGCGACAGAUCUUGAAGGGGUUAAACUAUUUACAUGAAAAAGAUAUUGUGCAUCGCGACAUUAAGGGUGCUAAUGUGUUGGUAGAUAAUAAGGGAGGCGUGAAAAUCACAGAUUUCGGUAUCUCGAAAAAAGUGGAGGAGAAUAUUAUACUUCAGGGACAAACAGCCAAUGCUGCGCAUAGACCAAGUUUACAAGGAAGUAUAUAUUGGAUGGCCCCGGAAGUCGUAAAACAAACCCAAUAUACACGUAAAGCAGAUAUCUGGUCAUUAGGUUGUAUGGUGGUUGAAAUGUUUACAGGUGACCAUCCAUUCCCAGAGUUCUCCCAAAUGCAGGCAAUUUUUCAGAUUGGCUGUUAUACCGCACCUAAUAUCCCUACUAAUUUAAGUAAAGAUGCUCAAGACUUUCUAAGAUGCACUUUCCAGUUAAAACAUGAAGAAAGACCCUCAGCGAAAGAACUUUUAAAGCAUCCCUUUUUAUUUGAAGAGCCACUAUUCGAAGAAGAAUUGGAUCCUUGAAUUAAGCACUAUUUAUUUACCCAAACACGAAAAUAAAAUACAAUUAAAACGUGAUUUUUCGAAUAAGCAUUACU